GACGAGUGACAGAUUAUGAGCAGCCAGUUCCAGUCCUCUCUCUCAGGAUGUCAUCUGUUUUUGGUGGUUAAAGUGGCGCUGGUCACAGGUGGGGGAAGUGGCAUUGGCCGAGCCAUCUGCCAGGUGCUGGCCAGGGAUGGUGCCAGGAUGGUAGUGGCCGACAUUAAUCUCCAGGGAGCCCAGGACACCCUUAGUAUGCUUCCUAAUCCCGGCGACCACCUGGCCCUACCCAUAGACGUAACAAGUCAGGACUCUGUAGACUCGGCAGUCAAAGCCAUCACUGAGAAGUACCAAACUCCUCCCAGUCUCCUAGUCAACAGCGCGGGAAUUGCGACGAAGUUGCCUUUUUUGGAUAUUGAAGAAAAAGCCUUCAUGGACGUGAUAGAUGUUAACCUCAAAGGAACCUUCCUUGUGAGUCAAGCAGUCAUCAAGUCGCUGCUGAAGCAGGAAGCGCUCGGUGUUGUGGUCAACAUGGCCAGCCUUGCCGGACAAAUAGGGCUACGCAACUACUCCCACUAUGCUGCCAGCAAGGGUGGUGUGAUGGCCCUCACCAAGUCCAUGGCAGGAGAAUUCGCAAAGAAGGGUGUUCGGGUAAACUGCGUACUUCCUGGUCUAAUCGAUACUCUUCUAGCGAAUAACGUGUCUACCGAAGCUGCAGCAGUUAUUGCCCUCACUGCAGUGGGAAGAAUUGGACAAGCUGAAGAGGUGGCCGAAGUGGUGGCGUUCCUUCUGUCGGAGAAGAGCAGCUUUAUGGUAGGGUCUUGUGUGGAGGUCUCAGGUGGGUAUGGUGGUGGAAGUGGCAUUGGCCGAGCCGUCUGUCAGGUGUUGGCCAGGGAUGGUGCCAGGGUGGUAGUGGCUGACAUCAAUGUCCAGGGAGCCCAGGACACCCAUAGUAUGCUCCCUAGUAAGUCACCCUUAAUAUACUUCUUAAGUUGCCCAGUUUCAAGGGAUGUGUUGAAGAUUGUGGUUAGAGGCACGCACAGCAUCUCUGCUCCUUCUCUAAGGACCCAUGGGGAGAUGUCCGGUCCAAUCGCCUUUGAGGUGUCAAGGUCACUUAGGAGCUUCUUCACCUCUUCCUCAGUUGUUCGUGGUGGAAGUGGCAUUGGCCGAGCCAUCUGUCAGGUGUUGGCCAGGGAUGGUGCCAGGGUGGUGGUGGCUGACAUCAAUGUCCAGGGAGCCCGGGACACCCAUAGUAUGCUCCCUAAUCCUGGGGAUCACCUGGCUCUAUCCAUGGACGUAACAAAUAAGGACUCUGUAGACUCAGCCAUUAAAGCCAUCAUGGAGAAGUACCAGACUCCUCCCAGUCUCCUAGCCAACUGUGCCGGAAUUAUGAACAGUUUCCCAAUUUGUGAAAUGGAAAAAAAUGACUUUACGGACAUGAUAAACGUUAACCUUACGGGCACCUUCCUUGUGAGUCAAGCAGUUGUCAAGUCGCUGUUGAAGCAGGAAGGUCAUGGUGUUGUAGUCAACAUUGCCAGCAUUCUUGGACGAACAGGGCUACGCAACUACUCCCACUAUGCUGCCAGCAAGGGUGGUGUGAUGGCCCUCACCAAGUCCAUGGCAGGAGAACUCGCCAAGAAAGGUGUUCGGGUAAACUGCGUACUGCCUGGUGCAAUCGACACACCUUUAAUCAAAGACAAGUCGUCCCCAGAAGUUCUUGCAUAUAUUGCUCUCACUGCACUAGGAAGAUAUGGACAGCCUGAAGAGGUGGCAGAACUGGUGGCAUUCCUUCUAUCGGAGAAGAGCAGCUUUAUGGUUGGGUCUUGUGUGGAGAUCACAGGUGGACUUGGUGUUUAAUUUGACUCUGAAGAAGCCAAGCCUCAGCGUCAGCAUAUUAAAGGAUCGUUAACAUUAUCAACUGCGACCUCAAGAUGUUUAACAGAUUUUGAGGAAUCCACUGCCAACGGGAAUAGAAUUUUCAAGAACUCUGCAAAGCCAAUACCGUACCUGUAGUGGAUUUUGUAUCAGCCAUCCCAACGCCAAAAUAAUUGUGGAUAUCAAGGCAACUAUUACCAGCGUCAGGAGGUGAAAGGAGCCUUGAGGAGCUUGUCUGACACUUGACGUGAAAAGAACUCUGGGGUUCAUAAUUCUAUCAGGUAACAUUCAGGACGGAGGUUGUUACAAUAAAUUACUAAAAAAUA